CUGCUGCCGCCGCCGCCGCCGCCUGGAUAUAGUGCGGCAAGGCGCGGAGCUUGCAGUCACUUUGCGAGGAGGAGCGCGCGGGCUGCGGGCGGCUGGGGCACCCGGGAGCGCCGGCGGGCUAGCAGAGGCGGCCGUGGCAGCGGAAGGUUCUCUCUCCGGGGCUGGACUUAAUAACUUUGGAACUGUCCGCCGGUGUCACGUCCUGAACAUGAGCCUCCUCCUCUCCUUCUACCUGCUCGGGUUGCUUGUCAGUAGCGGGCAAGCUCUUCUUCAAGUGACAAUUUCACUUAGCAAAGUAGAGCUUAGUGUGGGUGAAUCUAAAUUCUUCACAUGUACAGCCAUUGGUGAGCCUGAGAGUAUAGACUGGUAUAACCCUCAAGGGGAGAAAAUCAUUUCAACGCAGAGGGUUAUGAUACAGAAGGAGGGUGUCAGGUCGCGACUAACCAUCUACAACGCAAACAUAGAAGAUGCAGGGAUAUAUCGCUGUCAAGCAACAGAUGCCAAAGGACAGACACAAGAAGCUACAGUAGUUUUGGAAAUUUACCAAAAACUCACCUUCAGAGAAGUGGUGUCCCCUCAAGAAUUCAAGCAAGGGGAGGAUGCAGAAGUGGUUUGCAGAGUGAGCAGUUCUCCCGCCCCUGCGGUCAGCUGGUUGUAUCACAAUGAGGAAGUCACCACCAUCCCCGACAAUCGGUUUGUAGUGCUUUCAAACAAUAAUUUGCAGAUCCUCAACAUCAAUAAAAGUGAUGAAGGUAUAUACAGAUGCGAGGGACGAGUGGAGGCUAGGGGAGAGAUUGACUUCCGGGAUAUCAUUGUUAUUGUUAAUGUUCCACCAGCAAUUGUGAUGCCUCAGAAGUUUGUCAAUGCUACUGCAGAGAGAGGAGAAGAGAUGACCUUAACCUGCAAGGCCUCAGGCUCCCCAGAUCCUACCAUCUCUUGGUUCAGGAAUGGCAAACUCAUUGAAGAAGAUGAAAAGUAUAUUUUAAAGGGCAGUAAUACAGAGCUCACUGUUAGGAACAUAAUCAAUAAAGACGGGGGCUUGUAUGUCUGCAAAGCCACAAACAAGGCAGGGGAAGAUCAAAAGCAGGCCUUCCUUCAAGUAUUUGUACAGCCUCAUAUAUUACAACUUAAAAAUGAGACGACAUCUGAGAAUGGUCAUGUCACACUCAUCUGUGAAGCAGAAGGGGAGCCUGUUCCAGAAAUCACAUGGAAAAGAGCCAUUGAUGGAGUCACAUUUUCUGAAGGUGAUAAGAGCCCGGAUGGCCGCAUCGAAGUUAAAGGUCAGCAUGGACGCUCUUCACUGCACAUCAGAGACGUGAAGUUGUCAGAUUCGGGGAGAUACGACUGUGAGGCCGCGAGUAGGAUUGGUGGGCACCAGAGGAGCAUGCACCUUGACAUCGAAUAUGCUCCUAAGUUUGUUUCAAAUCAGACCAUGUAUUACUCCUGGGAAGGAAAUCCAAUCAAUAUAAGUUGUGAUGUGAAAGCAAACCCACCUGCAUCAAUCCACUGGAGAAGAGACAAAUUGGUCUUACCAGCUAAAAAUACAACUCAUUUAAAAACUCACAGUGUAGGAAGAAAGUUGAUACUCGAGAUUGCCCCUACAUCAGACAAUGACUUUGGACGAUAUAACUGCACUGCCACUAAUCGUAUAGGCACAAGAUUUCAGGAGUAUAUACUUGAGUUAGCAGAUGUUCCCUCUAGUCCCCAUGGAGUGAAGAUUAUAGAGCUGUCACAGACCACAGCCAAGAUCUCCUUCAAUAAACCUGACUCCCAUGGAGGUGUACCUAUUCAUCACUAUCAAGUGGAUGUCAAAGAAGUGGCAUCAGAAACCUGGAAAAUAGUACGCUCCCAUGGAGUUCAAACGAUGGUUGUUUUGAGCAGCCUGGAACCAAAUACGACUUAUGAGAUCAGGGUCGCAGCAGUGAAUGGCAAAGGACAAGGAGACUACAGCAAAAUAGAAAUAUUCCAGACACUGCCAGUCCGUGAGCCAAGUCCCCCUUCCAUACACGGACAGCCAAGCAGUGGGAAGAGUUUUAAAAUCAGCAUCACCAAGCAAGAUGAUGGAGGGGCUCCCAUUUUAGAAUACAUUGUGAAAUACAGAAGUAAAGACAAAGAAGAUCAGUGGCUAGAGAAGAAGGUGCAGGGAAAUAAAGACCACAUCAUCCUGGAGCAUCUGCAGUGGACAAUGGGCUACGAAGUGCAAAUUACAGCUGCCAACAGACUGGGGUAUUCUGAGCCUACUGUAUAUGAGUUCAGCAUGCCCCCAAAGCCCAACAUUAUUAAAGACACACUUUUUAAUGGCCUGGGUCUAGGAGCCAUCAUUGGCCUUGGAGUUGCUGCCCUUUUGCUAAUCCUUGUGGUAACAGACGUCAGCUGCUUCUUCAUUCGACAAUGUGGGUUACUAAUGUGCAUUACCAGGAGGAUGUGUGGGAAAAAGAGUGGCUCCAGUGGAAAGAGUAAAGAACUUGAAGAAGGAAAAGCAGCUUACCUGAAAGAUGGAUCAAAAGAACCAAUAGUGGAAAUGAGAACAGAGGAUGAGAGAAUCACUAACCAUGAAGACGGGAGUCCAGUAAAUGAGCCAAAUGAAACAACACCACUAACAGAACCUGAAAAAUUGCCUUUAAAAGAAGAAGGUGGAAAGGAAGUUUUAAACGCAGAAACUAUAGAAAUUAAAGUAUCUAAUGACAUCAUCCAGUCUAAAGAAGAUGACAUCAAGGCAUAACCACAAGUUACAGCACCUCGGUCAAGCACCACAAGGAGCAUUUGGAUUGCAGUGACACUAUGACCAAAACUAUUCCAUUGACCUUAAUUUCUUGGGAAAAGUCUAGCUUGGAAUAGCUUGUACACAUAUACAUACGACCAACUCCUCCUGCCACAGCCCAUUUCCUUCUGUUAUUGUGGUGGUGGUUGUUUAUUUCGUUAAGAAUUCGGUAUAAAGACUUGAUUGGUACCAAUUUUGGGGUUUGGUUUGAUUCUGUAAUUGAAGUACUGCAAUUUAUUAGAUGGCGAAAGUGUUUUAUUUGUUUGUUUGUUUGUCUUAUGUAACACCAACAAAUACAUUUCUCUCUAAAAUAUUCAGUUGUAAUUGAAGGCAGAGCAAACGCAUUGUGAGGUAAAUAUGUAGGAAGUGUAUGAAAGCCCUGCAUGUUUAUGAAUCUUAUCUUGGGCAAACACACUAUUGUGAGGGCUUUCAGACUAAGAUGAAGGCACAUAAUAAAUGGUAUGCUUUUCAUCAGGGGAAUUUCAAGGAACCCAGGCUUGAAAGAGCCAGUCAGUUAUCUUUUGCAGAUACUAGAAAUUGAAAAAUUGUUGGAGGACUCUUUUCAACUUAUAACUACACUGCAUUUUCGAUAUUGAUCUUAGGUACACUGAUACCAGGACAAAAUUGUUACACAUUUGAAAGAAGAUUAGUUGUGUGUAAAAUUAGAUUAGAAAGAUUCCUAAAUCUCUUUUUAUGUAUACCAUAUUCACUCACAGUGGAUUACACAAAAAGUAAAUGUACUACAAUUAAAAAAUGGUAUUGAUUUCUGCCCGCAGCUUCAAAUAAAGUGAAUUUAAAUGGGAAAA